GCCCGACUGGCAGACAGCGAUCUGGCUCUCCCGGCGGGCACUCGCUGCCAGGCUGUGGCUGCUUGGUCAGGAUCCUCCUCUCGGGGCAGCCCAGGGCUGUUGCCAGGCUGUGUCCUCCCCGUCCCGCGUCCCGCUUUCGGUCCCCGUCCGGAUGCGCUCUCUGGGAGCUGGCCCACGCUUGCAGGGAGGGCCGUGCCCCGGGAAAUCCUCUCUGGGGCUGCGCUUACUCGCUUGCCCGGCCCGGCCGUCACGGCUCGGGGUGGAGCAGCAGGGGCCAAUCGGGCAGUACUGAAGGAAGAGCCCUCCCCCUGGGAAGAGAGAAAAAGAAAGUAGGGGGAAAAGUAAGUGGAAGCUCGGAGGACUUGCCGCAGCCCGAACCCAGCACAGGGCAGCUCAGAGGGCAGAGCAGUGCAGAAGGCAGCGCAGGGCAGCGCCACCCGCAGCCCACUCCCAGUCCGGCUCCGCCUUCCCUGUGCUUAAAGGUUCCAUCUACACUGGCUUUGAAAAGGUGGCCCCAUUUCACUUACCCAGCCUAUGACUGGAGUGACCUUCUUCCUCACCUACACAUCCUAGAAUCCCCAGCUUUCUACUGCUGAGUCUUCAAUGCAGCUUCCUUCGGAGCCUUUCCAUGGGUUCUAACUUGAUGGAACUGUUCUGGCUCUCUAUAUUGCUCAUGCUUCCUGGCAUCCCCCAAAGAACUGCCUCGGAGCGCUGCGAUGACUGGGGUCUGGACACCACAAAGCAGACCCAGGUGUACGAGGGGGAGCCGGCCUAUAUCCAGUGCCCACUCUUUGAACACUACUUAAAGUUUAACUAUAGCACGGCCCACUCAGCCGGCCUAACCCUCAUCUGGUAUUGGAUUGGGCAGGACCAGGACCUGGAAGAGCCUAUCAACUUCCGUCUCCCUGACAACCGGAUCAGCAAGGAGAAGGACCUCAUUUGGUUCCGGCCCACUCUGCUCAAUGACACGGGCAACUACACCUGCAUGCUAAGAAAUACUACAUACUGCAGCAAAGUAGCCUUUCCAUUGGAAGUCAUUCAGAAAGACAACUGUUUCAAAUCAGCAAUGACGGUGCCCACGGAAUAUAUAUAUCUGCAACAUACCCUGCAGAUUGUAAAGUGUCCAAACAUAAGGGGAUUUUUUCCUCCCAGUGUUAAGCCAAAUAUCAACUGGUACAUGAACUGUAACAAAGUGGAGAGCUUUAACCAAGUCGAAGUGAAUGGCACUCAGCUCGUCUUCAACUACGCUCUCACCUCCAACGCAGCAUUGUACACGUGCGUUGUGACUUAUCUGGAGAAUGGUCGCAUGUUUAACCUCACUCGAACUAUGGAUGUAAAGGUGGUAGCCUCUCCACAUUAUGCAACGCCCCCUCACAUUUUCUAUCCCAAUGAUGACAUCAUUUAUGAAAAGGAACCAGGUGAGGAGCUUGAACUUCCCUGUAAAGUCCGUUUUCCCUUCUUGAAAGACUCAAAGAGUGAGAUUUGGUGGACCAUAGAUGGAAGAAAGCCUGAUGAUACAAUGAAUGUAACAGUAAACCAAAGUGAGAAUGUCUCAGUUGUUGGAGAUAAAACAAUAACCAGGGUACUGAGCAUCAAAAAAGUGACCUCUGAUGACCUGAAGCGCAACUACACUUGUCAUGCAAGAAAUGCCAAAGGAGAAUCUGUAAAGCGAGCCACCGUCAAACAGCUAGUUGUACCUCCGAGAUACACCGUGGAACUGGCCUGUGGAUUUGCAGUGACAAUUGUGCUCAUCAUCCUUCUGAUUGUUGUCUACCAUGUGUACUGGCUGGAGAUGGUCUUGUUCUACCGGGCUCACUUUGGGACAGAUGAAGCCAUUUUGGAUGGGAAGGAGUAUGAUAUUUACGUUUCGUAUGCACGGAAUGCUGAAGAAGAGGAAUUUGUCCUUCUUACUCUCCGCGGAGUCUUGGAGAAUGAAUUUGGAUACAAGCUAUGCAUCUUUGACAGAGAUAGCCUGCCUGGGGGAAACACCGUGGAAGCUGUUUUCGACUUCAUUCAGAGAAGCCGGAGGAUGAUUGUGGUCCUUAGCCCUGAUUACCUGACAGAGAAGAGCAUCAGUUUGCUGGAGUUUAAACUGGGGGUGCUAUGCCAGAACUCCAUCGCCACCCAGCUGGUGGUGGUGGAGUACCGGCCCUUAGAGCACCCACACCCUAGCAUCCUGCAGUUGAAGGACUCUGUCUCCUUUGUGAGCUGGGAGGGUGAGAGGUCCAAACGUUCGGGGUCCCGAUUCUGGAAGGCCUUGCGCUUGGCUUUACCUUUGAGGAGCCUGAGCUCGGGCUCAGGCUGGAAUGAGAGUUGCUCCUCCCAGUCAGAUAUCAGCCUUGACCAUGUCCAGAGAAGGAGGGGCCGUUUGAAAGUGCCACCAGAGCUCCUGGGUUCAAGGAGAGCGGCAGGGACAGCUCCAGCCCCCACAGGGGUGGCAGCCAAACAAGGCAAGGCCUCAGGGGCCUGUCGGUGUUGUGUGACCUACUGCAAAGGGGAGAAGCCACUCAGGAACAAGAAUCGAGCAGAGGCCCCCACCCAGACGCAAUGGGAGACUCACCUUUGCAAACCUGUUCCCCAGCAGGUGGGAACUCAUUGGGUUCAAAAUGGUAACAGACUGAAUACGACAGCUCCCCAGAUCUCAGCCCUCGCCAUUCAUCAUUUCACAGAUCUAUCCAAUAACAACGACUUCUAUGUCCUCUGAUCCCAAAGUGCCCUGGGUGCAGCUUUCCCUAUUUGCCCCAUUUCUUCGAUGAACCAGUGGGAAAAGUGAACACUUGGAACCACAGAGUGGGCCAGUCAAUGGUGUCUUUAUUGCUACAACUUCUCAUUUGUUCCUAACUGACAAAAGGCCUGAGGGGUCUGGAUUCAUUCCCAACGACCUGAGAAGACCUUAUAGAUCUUCGGCUGGCAUAAGAGGCUUGUUCUGAGUAUAGCACUUUAGAUUCUAACCUACCACUCACAACCUGAAGCCUGAGAGAAGAAUUUUGAUUACUUUUUGGUGCGCCCUUUCUAAAGACUCCAUGCUACAGAGUGGUCAGGUACAUUUGGGCUGUGAAACAUUCAGGGUGGGUCUGCCUUGGAAGUGUACUCAAGGGAGACAAUGGUGCCUGGUAGAAACUAUUCUAUUCCAAAUUGUCAUUGAAAUAGAGGGGGAGAAUGCAAAACAGAAAAAAACAAACAACCGACCUGGCAGCUCCUGGUCCAUUCUGCUCCCCCCUCCCUCAAAGCCCCAGAAGCUGAAGAUACACUAGAGCAAAGUAAAAUAUUUCCUCCUUUUACAUAGUCAUGUGCCCUGGACUAGUCAAUGAUUGUGUUAAUAAUGUUCAAUUUUUACGGCCUUUAACUGGUCCUAAACGUAUGACCUCACUCUUUCCUUCCCAUAUGGAGCUGUUUAAAAUUUAUACCAGAAUUCAUUUCCUUCUCUUCGGGGACUGUUGGAAUUCGAGUCUUUUAGUAAGUCCUGACCCAGUUCAGGACUCAGAAGAGUGGAACAAUCUUAUUUAAGCACCAACACUUUGUACGUUAAGAAGUUCAGGAACAGACCAGUGCUGGACAAAGCAAAAAAUGGAAAAAAAGAGAUAGAAUUGACCUGAAGGACCUUCAAAUUUAGAACCCGGACAUUGAAAGCGGCAGAUUCAACAUAAUUCUGGAAAGAACUUGUGACUUUUCCAAAGAUAGCCCAGCCUGCCCAAAUUUCUGUAAUGUAAGAAUUCCACAUAUUCCAAAGUGCCUUUUCCCACAAUCCGCUUGGUUUUGAAUAGCUGGAUUCUUAGGCAUAACAUAGUAUGUCUCUGGGUUCAGAGAUUCUCACCUGGGAAAUUGAUGACAGUCUUUCCUGAAUAUUGUGCUAUGAAGAAUUAUGGCUGGAGAUCCCUAAAAGUGUGUACUCAACUGAAGAGAAUGAAUUUUUGCUGUUACAAUGUUU